AUAUGUAUGUACAUAUGUAAAUACAUUCAGUUAAAAAGAACUACUCGUAAAUAAAUAUAUUUAUGUACGUACAAAGUAAGCGAAGUGUAAAAUGCUAAUAUUUGUGCUGCGUUACUUUUUCGUCUAUUGGAUUUUGCUGGCUAGCAGCGCCAGCGAGGAGACGCUUUUGCAUGAUUUAAAUUUGGCAGUGAAGGAUUAUCCGAUAGCUUCAUGCAAAUUACAUUGCAUGCAUCAUAUACAAAAGACACAAUAUGUCGUUGAGUUGGCGGAGCGGAACAGUAAUUGGGUCAAUCAAUAUUGUAACGAUUACUGUCGCCAUGAGAAUGCAACAACUUCCUUGCAUUCGGAAAAAUAUCAUCAAAUACAUAUCCCUUACAGAAUGGCAUUAGUAUGCCGAGACGACAGAAGCCUUACAUUUCAUGUCACAUACCUAAGCAGUGCUGAAAGUUUAAGUGAUGAUAUUGAAGAAGACGACAAAGAGUCAAGUGUCCCAAAGCCAUAUGCAACAGCUGAAGACAAGUAUAAGAGCAUCAAAUUAAGAAGUGAAGAUGAAGAUCACAAUGUAUACACGAUGUCAGUGAAGGUAAAGAAUGCAACAGAGCCUCAGAUGGAAGCCACACUAACAAAUCCCUACGUUGACACCGGACAAAAGCGUCAACCGUCAGCCGCGAUUUAUAUGGUCAAAGUACAAAGCGGUGCAAAUGUGACUAUUUAUGUGUCAAAUGAUAACUUCUUCACAAUAACUGAUUUGAGGAAUUCCACCACCUACACCAUUUCUGCUGUGGCAGUGAAUGCCAAACAUGAAUAUUCCAUUGUAGCACGAGCGCAAGAAUUCACGACUUUAGAACAGGAUUAUACGCCUGGCGUGGUGCGUGAAAUGCAUUUAAAACGGUUUUUGGCGGAUGAAACGAGUGAAAUGCAUCUAAUGGCGGAAAUUACUUGGAAGCCACCAAAAGACCAAACAUGCCACUAUAUUAUACUCUACUUCGAUGAGAAUCAAGGAUCUGAUAUGAUGCCCAUGGAAAUACGUAAUCCACGUUACUUAUACACGUAUACUUUGGAGAAUUUAACUUUUUCGGCCGUCUACAAGGUUGGCAUACGCGCCAAAAAUACGAACAAUUCCGUCAAAGAGAGUAAAAUGGUUUGGUUCAACAUACAGGCCCCAUCCUGUGCGGAAUGGUACAAAUACAAUUUCAGCAUUUGCCCGCCUUUUACACCUAAAGGAUUGAAAGCAAAUCGCAAAUAUAUACGGGAAAAUACAUACGCUUUAAAUAUAACUUGGCAAAGAGCUGAAUAUCCGCUGAGCUACUAUAUGAUAAUGGUCGUGGAUCAUAUAGAUGGUGGCCGAGAUUAUACUUUCAAUGUUGAUAAGGACGCCUGUAUGUAUUUCAUACCGGAAGUGGAACUGAACGGUACACUGUUUGAUGUGCAUUUGGUCGCCUUCACGCCUGGUGGCAAUGCAAGCGCUGUCCUACAAGAAGCCAAUAGCCGCACGGUGCUGCUGCCAGACAAGAGCCAAUCUAUUGUGAAGUUAAUUCUCGCUGUGCUAACGCCAAUCUUCUGUGCUGUCAUCCUGUCAUUAGCGACAUUCAUUGUUUGUCAUCGUCGGGCAAAAAUAAAAAGAUACCAGGAGCGUUGCAAGUAUUUUGAGGAUCUGGAGAAGAAGGCCCCCAUCGAUCCAAAAUCAACCUUUGAUUUUCCAACAAAGAAUUUACUCACCUCCCCAGAAGACUUAACGCUAUUUCAAUUGGAUCUCGAAGAGAAAAUAUUUUUUAAUGAUGCCAUGGAAAUCGACUGUAGCAAUGUUACGUUGCAUGAAAUACUCGGCGAAGGUGCGUUUGGUUUAGUGCGACGGGGCACUUACAAUGAUGGAAAAUCGGAGGCACGUGAAGUGGCUGUUAAAAUGCUGAAAGAUCGGCCAACUGUCGAUGAUGUACGUGCGUUUCGACGUGAAAUUGAAGUAAUGAAGUCGGUGGAACCGCAUCCGAAUAUUGUUGGUAUAAUUGGACAUUGUACGAAGCGUUACAAUGAAUUGCUUUUGUUAACGGAAUAUUGUAGUUUCGGCAACUUGCUGGAUUUUCUAAGAGAUGAAUGGAAAUAUUUGUACGACUUGAAUAUAAAAUGCAAUCGUGCCUCGCUGAAUCGCCUGUCCAGUCGAUUGCACAAGCACAGUGGCAAGCAUCAGCGUAGGCGUGCACGUCUAAGUUCACCGCAAACACAUCGACGCACAUGUAGUGAAAACAACAACCACAGCAUUAGUAGCCUUACCCCGUAUGAUAUUGAACGUAACUGGAAGCGCAAAGGCAAUUCUUUUGGCGGCAGUAGUGCAGGCAACGGUAUUUACAACAUCGAUGGUGGCAGCAGCAUAAUCGAAAGAUUAAAAUUCAAAUACAGAAAUCUCAACACACUACAGCAGAAGUAUGCAGCAUCAGCAUCAACAUUUUACCCACCAUUAGACGAUGUAUCAGCGGCGACAACUAUGACGUCGAUCACCACCAUAAACGAUAGCGCACCACCGCCACCACCCACACCAUUGCAAUCCCCACCCUCCAUGGCUGCCGACAACAAAUCCUAUGGUUACGAUGAAAUCUGCAGCAUCACAUGCGAGCGUCAUUCAGCGUUUGGCGUUGAUAUGGAUGUUGAUUGCAAAAAUGCAAUGCCACAAAGUGAGAUCGACGGCAUUGAGCAGCGGCAAAAGCGACGCCACUGCAUCUAUCUCAAAAACUUUGAGUAUCAGCCAACAACUUCGAUAACUACAGCCGUAACGCGAACGGCUGUUGACGGUGCAGUUGAUAAUAAAAUCUAUUUCAAAUUGUUGCCCGAAAUGGUGAGCGAAGCAGCUUUGCGGCAACGACAAUGGCAGCGACGCCAUGCACGUGCUGCUGCACGCAAUCGAAGAUUGGCAUUAGAGGAG